AAGUAAUUACGUUCAAUAUUUACUUUCUGCUUUUAUAUUUAACAUUUCUUGUUGUAGUAGCUUGAUUGUGUCAACCUCCGUAGUGGACACAGCCUUUCUCCAGUUCUCCAGACGUUGCCAGAGAAUUCUGAGACUCAGUGCAGAGGAGACGCAGUAAGAGUCCACUGAUCUCUUAGUCUCCUCCCACUCUCCCUCCUCCUCCUCCUCCUCCUCUUCUCUGUGUCCACUCCUCCGUUGUUCCUCAGACUUUGUGAGUCCUCUCGUAGUUCCUCGUCAGUUCCGAUCUCUCUGCCCUUCUCGACCUCUCUCGCCCUUGCUCCGUCCAGUCCGCUCCGUUGGCUAUGAUGAGGAUACUCGCUCUGCAGGUCUUGUGUCUGGUGGGCACCUUGAUGCUCUGCAGAGCAGGUCAGGACAGAGAAUGUGACAACUUCACUGACCUGGACUUCCACGAUUCGUUCAUCGGGACCAACCUGUACGUGAGGCUGCUGCUCUACACCCGAGCCAACUUGGAGUGUGGCCAGGAGCUGUCCCAUCAUCGCUUCACUGCCCAGCUGCUCUUCAACCUGUCCCGCUCCACGGCCUUCGUCAUCCAUGGCUACAGGCCCACGGGGGCGCCGCCAAUCUGGAUCGACCACUUAGUGCACCUGCUGGCCAGGCAGGAGGACAUGAACAUCGUGGUGGUGGACUGGAACCGUGGCGCUGCUAACCUGAACUACUUCACAGCGGUCACCAACACACGCAGGACAGCGGCCAACAUCACAGGCUUCAUACAAAGAAUGCAGGAGGAGGGAGCAUCCCUGGACUCAGUCCACCUGAUUGGGGUCAGCCUAGGAGCACAUGUGGCAGGGUUCAUUGGGGCCAUGCUGGGAGGAAAGGUCGGCAGAAUCACAGGUCUGGACCCUGCAGGACCCAUGUUUGCAGGAGUGCCUCCUGAGGAGCGCCUGGAUCCCACUGACGCUCAGUUGGUAGAUGUCCUGCACACCGACAUGGAUGGCUUCGGUCUCAGGGGGGCUCAUGGCCAUAUUGACUUCUAUGCCAACGGCGGAUCAGACCAACCAGGAUGUCCCAAGACCAUCUUCUCAGGAAAGGCCUAUUUUGUGUGUGACCACCAGCGGUCGGUGUUCCUCUACCUGUGCGCUCUCAACCACACCUGCAACCUCACAGCCUACCCCUGCUCCUCCCACACGGACUUCCUGAAUGGACAGUGCCUCCAAUGUGAAGCCUUUAAGCCCGCAUCCUGUCCAGUUUUGGGCUACGACCUGAGUCCCUGGAGGGACAAUCUGUUAAAGCUUGGACAGACCAGGGCCUUCUUUUCAACCACGAGCGAACUUCCAUACAGCAAGACCAGCUACAGGGUGGAUAUCGUCACAUGGAACCAGUACCUGCGCUGGGGAGUGGUCAUCCUCCGCCUGCACAGCGGGAAAAAUGUGAUGGAAACCAGGAUGGACAAUAAGCUGUACAGAUUUGAGCAGUACACAUCCACCCGACUGCUGGCUCAGUUCGAUGAGGACCUGUACCCAAUUCAGAAGAUCUCUCUACGGAUCGUCACGGGGAAUGUGAUCGGACCGCGUUACAAACUGCGUCUGCUGCGCAUCAGGAUAACUCCCCUCAACCAGCCAGCCAGGGCGCUGAUGUGCCGCUAUGACAUCGUCAUGGAGGAGAACAUGGAGGUGUCCUUCAGGCCCAUCCCCUGCAAUGAAUCCAACGCGUGAGGCGCUGUCCGCCCAACGCCGCUAUGUUCAUACCACUGCCAUAAUAACAAUCACAGUUACCCUUUCUCCAUGCAUCAGCACAGACAGACCAGACUCUGGGGUCACGCUGUCCUGGGCUCUUGAGAACCAAAGAACUACUACACAGCAUAUUUUGAAGGUUGAUGUGGACCUGACUGACAGCUGAGAUGACAAGACUGUUAUGAGAAGACUGUGUCUUUGAGCAAAGUCUGCUUUGGAGCCCCUCUUUGUGCCUUAAUGUUUCUGCCAAUAUCCACUGAAUCCUUUUUUUCUAUCAGUAAAUGGAUCUAGCAAGGAGAGAUCAGGUGUGACUAAUAGAAGUCACAAGAUGAACCAAACAUCACUGUAUGGUUGUCGCACACAGUGAGCGAUUUGAAAAACUCGAGUGCACUUUAUUUAAAAUAAAUCUUAUGGCUUCCUACUUCAAAGACUUUAGUUAUGGUUUGUAAACCAUCUCUGAGCUUUGUAAAACUUUAAAUCUUGUUUUUAUUACAUGUAAAAAACCUAAUAAAAUCAUUUCUAACCAUA